AUGUCGAUGAUGGUGAUUACGAUGGGCGAUGAUGAUAGUGUGACGAUGAAAGAAGAAGCAAUGGUUAUGGCGAUGGCCACAGUAGUAGCAGUAACAGUAGCAGUACCUCUUAUUUGGAUGAUGAUGACGAUGACGAUGCCGUUGGCGAUGGCGAUGGCGAUGACGAUGACGAUGGCGAUGGCGAUGGCGAUAGUGGUUGGUGUCCUCCUCAAAUUUAUCGAUCCUCGGAAUCACCAGAGGCUUUACCCAUUCAUUGCAAACCUCGUUGCCUACGCUCAGCAUUUUGCCAAACCACCGCCACGACACAUUUAA